UGUCCCGCACAGCACGAGCAGACGGUAGUCUCUUUCAGCACGGGACUACGGGACAGAUCCUCGGCACUUCCUUGCUGCAACAUGGCGACAGAGUUUCAUAACCUUCAGGAGCUGAGGCACAAUGCAUCGCUGGUCACCAAGGUGUUUGUUCAGAGGGACUACACUGAAGGAACCGUGUGCCGCUUCCAGGCCAAGUUCCCCUCAGAGCUCGACAACAGGAUUGAGCGAACCUUGCUCGAGGAGACGGUGAAGACGCUGAACUCUUAUUAUGUGGAGGCAGAAAAAAUCGGAGGCCAGUCGUACCUGGAAGGAUGUCUGGCCUGUGCAACGGCCUAUUUCGUCUUCCUCUGCAUGGAGACUCGCUAUGAGAAGGUGCUGAAGAAGAUAUCAGGAUACAUCCAUGAGCAGAAUGAGAAGAUAUACGCUCCUAGAGGUCUGCUACUUACAGAUCCCAUAGAGAGAGGAAUGAGAGUUCUAGAGAUCAGUGUCUUUGAAGACCGAGGCUCGGGCAGCUCCAGUCCCAGCAGCAGCAUGUCGUCGGCAGGCAGCAGCGCUCGGUGACUGGAGGGGCAGUGCCAGGAUUACGGGUUCCACCACAGGGGCAGCGGGACGCUUACCAACAUCCGCAUGCUGAAACAUGAGAGCACCAGGUUCUGAGACAAGCGGAGAGCAUAAGAGGCGAGGAGGUGAUCCACAGCAUUCACACUCUCCCUGCUUGGGCCUAUGACAUACAACCUUGAGAACAGGAUCUGGCUUACACACUGGAUAACAGAAUAAGAAGUGCAGCAAAAACCACACAUAGGAGGCAGACGGGUAUAUAAGCCAACUCUCAUUUAGGGAACAUCUUUCACUCUCCGAAAACUAUCCAAACCGACAAAAUCAUGAUUUAUUUUCUUCCAAUUUUUCCAUUCGCCUUUUCUCUCAUUUCAUCACGUCUGUUUCCAUGAGUCACAGCAUCUCUGUCGUAGGCAUGAUUCAGCAGGUUUAAUCUUGAUUAGACUGGACGUCAAUGCUUGAUUGUUUUCAGGGGGGUCACUAUCACUAGUGUAGUCUUUGGUCUGUGCAGCAGCUCUGAAAUCUGGAAGGAGGAAAACCACCAGCCUCCUGGGGGAGCUAUGUUCUCCUGUCUCGCUGAAUGAUUGCAUUCAUGUGAGGUGGCUGGAGUCAGGCUUGAAUUCUGGCAAAUUGGUCCUGCUGUGGGACCCUCGGUUCUAUGCUCAGUUCACAUGCAUUUGGCUUCAAUAUCAAACGGCGAACAAAGAGCACCUUGGAUUAUUUAUCUUUCUUGUUUACAGCAGUGGACGCUAGUGAUCCACAUCACAGCUGUAGGUUACACAAACUCAUAGAAAUAUACACAACCAUGAACAAUUACUCAUACAGACACUACUAAGGGGUCGUGCAUGCACAUGCAUAUACACGCACAGGGCUAUGUGUUCCUGCACACAGAAUCUGGCAGGUGUGGAGACACAUUUUUCUGUGGUCUCAGCUCAUUUGGAACGCAAGUAAACCCAGGCCCUGUUUGCCUGCUCUAGUUUCCUUGGUAGUGUGUACAUCUGUGUGUAUCUGUGUCAUCGCUUACUGAGUGUACGAUUAAAGCCUGCUUCAUUAGAAGAUGUCAAUGACUAAGGAUUAGUGUCUCUAAUGAGAACUGAACACACUGGCAUCUUUGGUUCAGGCUAGAGAAAACAGUGUGGGUUGAUGUUACUACAGCGGGAUGUUGUCUUUCUACACUUUUCAUGUAGAUUCAAAUAAUGUUUUUAUUAUACAAAUUUAAAAAGACAUUCCUCUAGAAUGUGUUUGUUUCUGAUAUGCACACAACAUUAGGAAGCACAAGGAGCUAAGAGUGAAUUAAAAUGUCUUAAUCAUCAAAGUAUUUCGCUUUAUUGAUUCGUUCUGUCAUUUGUUUUCAGAAAUGUUGGGGUCAGUUUUUGUUUUGUUUUUAUAAGCGAAACACAGUUGUAGCUCCCUCUAGGGUCAGACAGAGGAAGUUCUGUAUACGGCUUCUCCUCAAUACUACUGACAAUGAGAAGCGUGGAAUUGAGACAAUGAGCAUACAUUCUGUGUCUCUUUGUGGGAUAAUACAUCCUGUCCGGCUGCUGUGUGAGUGGAGGCUUACAAGACAAAAGAUCAUCACUAUGUAGCAACAUUUUAUUACCACCCACACAACAUCAAACAAAAGACAAAACUGGAAAAAUGAAGCCCUGUUUGAGCGUCUAGAUUUCCAUGUUUCCACAGUGUGUGUCUGGUUCUGUCUUUGACCAUUUUGAGUUUUUUUCCCCUUUAAAACCCCCUCAUUACAUCGUCUUUAAAACAACUCUGGGAGUGUAGCCCUUUUCCUCUUCCUUAGCCACAAAGUUAACUUUGAGCAAAACCCCCCUGCUUGUCAGGUUGAAGUUAAACCGCUCACUGGAAAUUUGUUUUAGAAUCUGAGAUGUUUUGCUGCAGUGGAUCAGUUAAUCUCAACCAGACAUUUUCCUAUCUGGACGAGACGAGCCUCCAAAGACAGUUUACCGCAGCAGUCGGGUGCAGUUUUGCUUGUGUUCAGCCUCCUGUUCUUUUUGAUGCCUUCAUGUUUCAUCCCAGUGGAAUGGAUACCCAACCUGGGGCUGAUGGAUUGAAUUAAAAACUGACUUAACAUUGAUAAAGAGCAAAUAAAGGAGCUCAAUGGACAAUGUAUAAACCCACAUGCGUACACACAUUGAGGGUGUAUGACAGGAGAGGAACUUUGAGUUGUACGGACAUGCUUGUCAAUGUUGAUCCAUUGUGAUUUUGAGAAGUGUCAAGAAGUGGAAGGUAAUGCCAUAAUGCUAUUUAAUUCCAAAACAUCACUGUUGCCCAGUAUUAGGCCCUAAAUACAUUUUCAAUGUUUUGAUAUCCUCUCUAUUUUGGGCAUCAAGCGACAGAGCAGCUAUGAAAGCAUAUCGUCUGUACAGCUGUGUGCUGCUGGGUAUCAUUUGUAAAAAUGAAGAUAACAUUUAGUUAUGUGAAAACUGUUGAUAAUGUAGCUUAUGAUCAUGUAUGUUAUAAUAACAAUGUUAGUUGUUAUUGCAGAGGAUAACAGAGGGGUGAUGAUGAUCUUCAGGGGGAAGUCUAUGUGCCAAAUUCAAAGGCUAAAGCUAUUUAAAGUACAUGUUCCAAUUUACAAAGACAUGUAAAGUUGGUGCUAAUAGAAUACAUGCUGUUAUGAUUAGUCUUGUAGUGUAUACAUUAAAAAAGCAGGAACAAUUACAGGAGGCCAAAUUACCUACUAUUUUAAUGACUAAUAUGAACCUACCCUUUAAGGCUGUGGUGAGAAAGAAACACGAUGUCCUAUAUCUGAAGGCUUAUGUAGCUUGUUCUCUCAAGAACAACUUCUUUGAUUAAUGAGGAGAACCAAGGGAGUGAAGGUUAUAAUAUUUAAUGUAUUCUCAUGAAAAGAUGUACAUUGAGAUAGAAUAUCCCGGAGCAGAUUAAAUAUUAAGUCUUGUUCCUCUAUCAUGUUGAAGAUCAAGAUAACCUAUGUGCCAACCCUUGUCUUUAGAGGAGAAGCUGAGAUAUAAAACUUGUGGGCCAAGCGAUGAUGUAUAGUCCAUUUUUGUAUGUUAAUUCCCACGUGUCACGUAUUUAUCUUGUACUGUAUUUGAGAGUGCAGCAAGUUGUGCAGACAUGUUGAUUCACCUGUACUGUAUGCCUGCUAGACUGUGUAAAGAAAGAGAUUAUUUAUAUUGCAAUAUAAUGUCUUCCUGAAAUGUAAAAGAUGAUGUUUAGUCUUGGAACCAGCAUAUUUGACUUGCUUUUUAGUCCUGCAUUGAUGUAUAAUGCUGCAUGAUGUGUGUGUGUAAACACAGCGAGUGCCAGAUGACAAGAAGUGAAAUCCCUGUGCAACAGAAACCCACUGCUGCUAAGAGAGAGGAAUUUAUAUCUUAUCUUGAUGCUAUUUAUGUGUUUACAUUUAGUUCUUUAUUAGUUUAAAUGGAUUCAUGUAUUUUCUUUUCUCUUAAUGUGGAUUAUUAUUCAAAGCCUGUUGAGAAGAGCUUCAACUGUCUCGAUGAGAUGAAUAAAGUGUCUGGAGAAGUCAAAUGGAAAAGGAUUAUUGUCACUGCCGGCUGUUGUUAACAAGGAUCCAUGCCGAGUCUCUGCUCUGAGUUCAUGUGCGGUAACACGAGGUCUCUCUGUUACACACAUUUCUGUGGAUGUCCACAGAAAGGAAACUCUACAAUGGUACCGAGUCAUGUCACCUGAGGGUGGGAUCUCCAGAUGGCCUGGACUUGAAGGUAACCUCCAUGGCCACAUGCCUCAGCUUCAUUACACCUUGGUUAUGGUCAAAUACAUGUAAAAGUUCUGUACAGU